AAAAAAUACAAAUUUUAUGGUCAUUUAUUUAUUUAUCUUCAGGUCGAAUUACACCUUCAUCUAGACGGAAGCCUUCGAAUCACUACGAUCUGGGAAUUGGCUCAAAAGAAGGGCAUUGACUUAGGAUGCAACACAUUGGCAGAAUUAGAAAAUAUUGUAAGAAUACGUCGACCUUCAACACUCGCGGAGUUUCUGAAACCAUAUAAGAUUUUUAUGCCGAUAAUCAUAGGCGACCCUGAAGCAUUAGAGAGAGUGGCCUAUGAGCUCUGUGAAGACCAAGCUAAACAAGGUGUGUGUUACUUUGAAGCUCGUUUUUCACCUCAUCUGUGUUCCAACACCCAUGGUCUUCCUCCAGAUCAAGUUGUCUCUCCUGAUGACGAUAAGGCAGUAACACCAAGGAAGGUUGUAGAAAAGGUCUUGGAAGGAUUACGGAGAGGAGAAAAAGACUUCAAUAUCAAGGCUCGAGUAAUUCUGUGUUGCAUGGUUGGACAAUCCAGUUGGGAUGAAGACGUGCUUGCACUGUGUGUGGAAUUCAAGCUCCAGGGAGUGGUUGGCAUCGACAUCGCUGGGGACGAGGCUGGAGAAGUUGAAACUGACAACGAAGAAAAUGUGACAAUGAAGACAAUCGAAGUAUUCCAGAAAGCAGAACGUUUAGGAAUUCAUCGAACUGCACACGCUGGGGAAGCAGGGCCGGCUGCUAAUGUGGAUCGGGCCAUCCGUGAGUUGCGAGUGGAAAGGAUAGGACAUGGCUACCACUCUACAGAUGACGAAGAAAUAUAUAACCAGGUGUUGAAUCUUGGCAUUCAUCUUGAGGCAUGUCCAUACUCUAGUUAUCUGACUGGAUCAGUACCACUCACUACCCAGAAACAUCCUAUCAUUAGAUAUGCAGAGGACAAUGCAAAUUUCUCUAUCAGUAGGGACGGGCCUACUGUAACAGGUACAACCUUGAAUGAUGAGUAUGACCUCUUGAAAUGCAUGGGACUGAAAGAAGUUCAUUUUGCACGAGCCAAUUUAAACGCUGCACGAGCUUCUUUUCUUCCGGACGAAGAAAAACAGGAGUUGUUGGAACACGUAAAGAAUAUGCACGGUUUGUCUCUGUAACAAGUCGGAUUUUUUCAAUUCUAUUGCGUUAAGAAGUGAACAUCCAUUAGUAUUCAAGUGACAAAAAACGUGAAUGGUUUACUCUGUCACAACUAAAAUGGUAAUUUUAAAAGAAGAAAAAUAGUAUUUUAUUCAAUAAAUCGAUAACUUAAACCUA